CACUUUUCUCGGGUCGAAACUUAUCUUUGAAGCUUUAUCUCACCCGGUUGGACUGCGGAUCGAAGCGGUCUCCUAUUUAUUUAUCAUGGGACUGUGAACGCGAAAUCGUACGAACCGCGACCGAAACCUUGCGGCCAGCAGAGCUCGAGCUGACACCCAUGUCUUUCGACGACUGCGCCUCGUCUGUACCCUUCGAGAAGGUCCUCGUCACGUCCGACUUUUGGCUGAACAGGGUCGACGCCGUGCGGAUGGGCUCGAUCCCGGCGAUGUACGCCCAGAUGAAGGAGACCGGCCGGUGGGACUCGCUCAAGCUGGGGUGGAAGCCGGGGAAACCCAACAAACCGCACCGGUUUUGGGACUCGGACGUGGCCAAGUGGCUCGAGGCCGCGUGCUACUCGCUCGUGCUGCACCCCGACGCCGAGCUCGCCAAGCUCGUCGAGGAGGCCGUCGACCUCUUCCGCGGCGCCCAGCAGGACGACGGCUACCUCAACACGUACUAUACGGUCGUCGAACCUGGAAAACGAUGGACCAACAUCGCAUGGUCGCACGAAAUGUACUGCGCCGGUCAUCUGCUAGAAGCUGCCCUGGCGCAUUACACGUGGUCUCAAAGCACCCGUCUCCUCGAUCCCGCCUUGAAGUACAUCGCGCAUAUUCGCGCCACCUUCGGCCUCGGCGAAGGCCAAAAGAAAGGCUACCCCGGACACCAGGAGAUCGAGCUCGCGCUGCUCAAGGCGCACGAGCAGCUCGCGUCCGCGCCGGCCGUGCCACGAGCGACCGUGGACAUGCUGCUCGAGCUCGCCAACUACCUCAUCGAGGAGCGGGGCCAGCGCCGCCCGGAAGGUCACUACUACGACGUCGAGGCCGCCGCGCGGGGUGAGGAGGUGUUCCCUGGACCGACGCGCCGCGGCGGCGAGAAGUUCUCGUAUUACCAGGCGGAGGCGCCCGUGCGGGAGAUCAAGAGCGCGGAAGGGCACGCCGUGCGCGUCGGGUACUGGUUGACCGCCGUGGCGGGCCUGGCGCGGUUGACCAGGGACGAGAGCUUGGUGCGGGCGGCGGAGCGUCUGUGGAAAUCGGUGAUGCGCAAGAUGUAUGUCACGGGCGGUGUUGGCGCAAUGGGCGACUGGGAGGGAUUCGGGCCGGACCAUUUCCUGCCGAACGAAACAGGUCAGCGCGGCUUUGACCCCCCUUUUUCUCAUGGCGAGCUCGCAACUGAUACGGAUGGUCAUCGAGGGUAUCUUGAAACAUGCGCGGCCAUUGCGCUCGUGCUGUUCGCGCACCAGAUGUUGUUGCUGUCCCCGCGUAACGCGGAGUACGGCAACGUGCUCGAGCUAGCGCUGUAUAAUGGUGUGCUCGUCGGCAUGUCGUUGGACGGCAAGAGUUUCUUUUACGACAACCCGACGGCGACCAUCGGGGCAGGCUACGAGCGCAGCAAGUGGUUCGAAGUCUCCUGCUGCCCGCCAAACGUCGCUCGCCUCGUGAACUCUCUGGGAAAGUACAUAUACACCCUCGGUGCAGACGAUACGGUGCACGUUCACCUGUAUAUCUCGUCGUUCACUGACCUGGUGAUCGACGGUACAAGCGUUCGCGUGCGGCAGGAGGCUUCAUCGCCGUGGGCCACCAACGCGUCCGCCACGUUCGUCGUCGAGAGCGCUGGCGACAAGACCGUGCGCUUCAGCCUCCGCAAGCCCCUCGGCGCGGACGAUUUCAAGAUUACCGCUGGCGUCUCGGCCGCGUACAUCAUCACCGUGAACGACGACUUCAUCCAAGUCGCUAUCAAGGGCGGACGCGCCAUCAAGGCGCCGGUGGCGUUUACCGUCAACUGGACGUACCGCCCGCGCCGACUGCACCCGCACCCGCUCACGCUCGACAACCGCGGCAGCGUCGCGUUCGCGCGCGGCCCGUUCGUGUACUGUGCCGAGUCGGUCGACAACGCGGCGGUGCUCGGCGGCGACCUGCGCGCCCUCCGCGUACCGGACGACGCGCCCGUUCGUGAGAUCAGCGGCGCGCGCGCGUUCGCGGGGUCCGGGCUCGAGCCGAAGUUCCUGCGCACGACGGCGUUGGUCGUGAGCGAGGAGGGCGAAUCGUGCGGGGAGGAGCUGCCGCUCACGCUCGUGCCGGUGUUUAUGUGGGCGAAUCGUGGCCCGUCGGAGUUCAGGGUCUGGCUGCCUCGAGAGGUGCACCGAGACUUGUGAACGCACCCGGGGCGCUCGGAUGCUCUGGUGAGCUUGGACCACUCAGAUGAACAACGGGUUUGAACGUCGGUCAUGAUUCGUUCUACAUCAUGUUUGAUAGUAGGAAGAUUACGGGAUAUAGGCAGCUACACAAGUUUUUCGAAUGCAAUGGGUGUAC